AUGGUGAGUUAUUUAUGAAAAACAUAGAAAAGGACGUUUUACUUAGCUAAACUCCUUAGAUAUCUUACUUUAUAUAAAAGCUUUAUCCACUAAAAACCUCAAACUUUCAGUCCGACGAAGAGAAAGGUGACCCAUCAAAGCGGAAGACGGAAAACGCGAACGACAAAGAUGAAAGCAGCGAGAAGAGUCCAGCCACCAAAUCCCCAAAGAACACGGAUCGUCCGCUAGGCCAGCCCUUGACUAAGAGCCCGCAAAGCCAAGCCUUGGGUCAAAGUCCACUAGGCCAGCCGUUGGAUAGCAGUCCAAAGGACGAGCCGCUCGAAGAGAAAACCUUUAUGGACACUGAUGACGAUGAGGUUAAGGAUGAAACAGACAAGACCAAAGACGAAGGUGAGAAGCCGAAAGAAGGAGAGGCUGAGGCUAAAGCACCAUCAGGCGAUGUUAAGGAUUUUUUGUCGCUGGCUAAAACUCAACGUGACGUUCCGGAGCCAAAAGGCGGGAGAGGGAAGCGAAGUCCGAAAGGAAGGUAAGAGUAGUCAGCAAAAUUUUUUACUUUUUUUAAACUUUUUAUGUACCUAUUCCAAUAUUUUCGCUAUUGUUAUCUACUCUAAUAUUAUUUGCUUUCUUUUUUUUAUAAAAUUUCUGUUCCAGACCCCUAUCACCAGCCGAGAAAACCGUAAUAUUGGAAGGGAAACGAAGUCGCUACGUUGACAAAAAUCUCACAUCGAAAGAAGAAGAGCCGGACGAUGGACGGAAAAGCAAGUACUCGCCAGUUGUCGACACAAAACCAGCUAAACCAAAGAAGGAUGACUCGAAACGUGAGGCACGAAAGAAGAAGAAAACGGACGAAAAAAAGCCCAAGAAGAAGCCGAGAGAGAAGAACAAAGAAACAAAAGAGAUUAAGGAAGCCAAGAAAGAGUCGAAAGGAGUCGAGGAACCCAAGCAGAAACCCAAGACUGAAGUGAAUGAAGCACAACUAGCCAAAAUGACACUGGAACCGACUCAAAAAGAGAAGCCUCCGAGGGACAGAAAUUCUGAUUCUAUGGUAAGUGGUCUUAGUGUAGUAGAGCAGAGUGGCGUAUGGUAGAGUAGAGUAGAGUAGAGUAGAGUAGACAUUCAUCAAUGUAGGGUAAGAAUAGUGCUUGGGUAAUGCAUAGGUUGAUCUACAGUAAGGCAUGACUACUAUAUGACUGCGGUAGGACUAUUUUAAGUUAAUGAGCAGAACAUAAGGUAUGGGUAUGUAAGGUAUGUUUUGGUACGAUCACGGUGGUAAGGUAGAACAUGUAAGCAAUGGAACUACAGUAGUAGGUAGGGUAAAGUAGAGUAAGGGUAGGGUAGGGUACGGUAAGGUAGGUUUAAUAGUAGAAUACGAGUAGUUAACGAUACUAAAACAAUAUUAAUCCACAAAAACUUAUUACAGUACUCCCCAGUGUCCAAAAGAGAGAAGAAACCCGAAGACACGACCACAAUUCAGUCGAAGAAGUCCCAAAAGAAGAAGAAAAAGCCUCGCAAAAAGAAUUCCAAUGAAAACAAGCAAAAGGACCAGGCCAAAGUGACCACAACCAAAAACUACCUCAACGCACUGUGGACGAAGCUCACGAGCGUCGGUGAAGUGUGGCGUCUUACAGAGAAGGAGAAGAAGAAGGAAGAGAACAUUGUACCAGCCACACCGUACCAACUGUACGAUCGUGAUCCGAACGUGCAAAUCAUGCUGGACGCGGUCAAACUGGCUCGAUGUCCAAUGGAAAUUGCGAGGAAACUGGAGGUUACCGUGGUUUUUCCACCUGGAUCGCCGGUAGGGCUUUAAAAUUUGAAAUUUCAAUUUUUUUUUAAUUUUAAAAAAUUUUAAAUUUUUAAAAAAGUCGAAAUUUUUAAGUAAAAAAAAUAUUAGGUGUUUCAAAUAAUUCUGUGCCCCUUAUAAAAGUAAAUUGCCGUAGUUAAUGGCUCAGAAUUGUUGAACAACUUAAUAGAUAAGCUGCUAUUGUUAACAUGACCAUACCUUUUAGAAAGACGUCCGCCUGUACAAAACGAUGCAAGUAAUCAACAUGCCAGCCGGUUUCGUAGGUGAUUGUGAGCUGGAAGAAACCGAUCCGAAACAUCUCGAUCUAGGCGACUGGGUCUGCUAUGUUAACGGUACAGUGGUGCGCGAUAGAACCGAGUACACAGCUGUGGUCACGAAACUACAAAGCGAUUUCGAGGCAAAUGAGAAUAAGGUUGGUUGUUUCACAUUUUUUAACAUUUGUUAAACUUUUUUUUACUCUUUAUAUCACCCCUUCGUUGCCUUUAUUAUUUGUUUGGCCGUUAAUGGCUUGAUCUACUGAAACAUUUUGGGCCAUAUCUUUUUGGAUAUCGUAGUUGGAAACUUGAAAAUUUGUGUGAUUGUAGAUGACUUUUAUUGUCAAAGUACCCUGCAAACUAAAUUUCAAAAGUUUGCCAUUUCAAAAAGUUACAGUAAUUUUACCACACCUCUAUCUUUUUUUCAAAAUUUUCAAUUUUUUUUAAAAACACGAAAACAAAAAAAUAUUUUUCAGCUAGAAGUCAAAUACACAAUAGUCCGAACCCUGAGGAAGCUAAAAAUACCCAGCAAGUCCCAAUUAGGCCCUUUGGUACCGUUAGGCUACGAAUUCAGUAUAGGCUUCACAUAUCUAGCCGGCUUCCUAACUUUAUAUCCGCUGAGCUGUCUUGGAAUCAAUGUCAAAGCUUACGAUGGGAAGGUGUUAAUCUCCAGUAUUGAUAAUGGCUUCAAAUCUCUGGGCAAACGAACCUUUGUCAUUGGCGACACCAUCAUGAGUAUCGAUGGACAAGGGGUUGGCUCGGUCGCAACUGCCAAAACGGCCAUUUCCAAAGCGCUGCAGGAAGGAAAACGAUUCGUAAGUGAAGGUUUUAUGUAGAAGAAGGUUUUUCAAGUUUAUAUUCAUCAUAGCUUUAUGUUUUAUUAUCAAAACUCCAAGUGUUUUAACUAAAAUAUCGUCGAAAGUUUAGUGCGUCGUUGGAAUCGAACGCCCCCAAAGCUCCCAAGCCCUACUCUGCAUCAAAAACGCACUGCUACAAGACAAAACAAUCCCAAUCAACCCUCGAAUGAUGGACGAUGUUGUAGCGAUUUGUGACGCCGAGAAGGAGGUGAUCAAACGAGGUGGUAUCCAGCCAGGUAAAUCCAUCUACACAGGACCACCCGCCAAACGAGACCCAGAUCGUUGUGUGAGAAUCAACGAUGAAUCACAGGAAAUCCCAAUCCAAUGCGAUCCCUACAAUGCCAAACUCCUGGUCAACGCACCGCCAAGACCCGCCGGCGGCUCCAAAAAGAAGUCCAAACAUUAA